AUGGCCCCUACCAAGAAAACUUCUUGCGCUAACGAUCCCCGGAAGAAAGAUGGUAAACCGUCGAUGAAAACCUUGGAGAGCAAGCGGAAAAGAUCGUUUUCGAGAUACGUACGACGGCUUCUUAAAGAGAUGAAGCCGAAAUUCACCCUCCAAGCGGAAGCCGUGGCUGUUUUGAACGAGCUCGUGAAUGAUACCUAUGAGAGAGUCGCAGCGGAGGCCUCCCGGCUAUCCCUAUACCACGGAAAGCCUGAGAUAACCCCGAGAGAGAUCGAAGCCGCGAUCAAAGUUCUGUUCCCCGGUGAUGUCUCGAAGCAUAUGAAUUUGAAUAGACCAAUGGCCGCUCUAGAGAACCAGGAUGAAUAA